GAGCCCAAAGGACCUCGGCAGCCGGCGUCCCGCGUUGCCCUUGGCAACCAUUGAGUGGCGUCUCAUUCUCCCUUGACCCCUCAAUAAGAGAGUAAACAGGGCAGCCAUUGGCUGGCAGGGGAAGGCAUGCCAAUCGGAGAAGAGGUUGUAGGGAGGCGGCUGAGCUGGGUUGUGGGAGUAGGAAGAGGCUACUUCCUACCGGCCUACUUCUCACCGGUUAGAAGCUACCGUUGAGGCUAGAACCCCGAGCGUGGUCGGUUGGAGCAAAUAUGUCUGUCCGGAGGCACAUUGGAAAUCCUGAGUAUCUGACCAAAAGGAUACCACAAAACCCAAGGUAUCAGCAUGUCAAGUCAAGACUAGACACUGGUAGCAGUAUGACUAAAUACAUUGAGAAGCUAGAAGAGAUCAAAAAAAAUUAUAGAUACAAAAAAGAUGAGCUUUUUAAGAGACUAAAAGUUACAACUUUUGCCCAGCUGGUCAUCCAAGUUGCUUCCCUAUCUGAUCAAACACUGGAAGUGACAGCUGAGGAGAUUAAAAGGCUAGAAGACAACGAUUCUGCAACCUCAGGCCCUGAUGCUGAAAUCACUGCCAAGACCAACGGGAAAGGGAGCCCUGGGGAGCAGUCGCCAAGCCCCGUCCAGUUCAUAAACAGUGAGGGAGCCGGGGACUCCAGCCGCUCGACUCUUCAGAGCGUCAUCAGUGGCGUUGGGGAACUGGAUCUAGACAAAGGGCUUGUGAAGAAAGUAGAGCCCAGUACCAAAGACAAACCUUAUCCCGACUGCCCCUUCCUGCUGCUAGAUGUGAGAGACAGAGAUUCUUACCAGCAGUGCCACAUUGUUGGAGCUUACAGUUACCCAAUUGCAACUCUGUCUAGAACAAUGAACCCUUAUUCAAAUGAUAUUCUUGAAUAUAAAAAUGCCCAUGGCAAGAUCAUCAUUCUGUAUGACGACGAUGAGAGGCUGGCCAGCCAGGCAGCUACCACCAUGUGCGAGCGGGGAUUUGAGAACCUCUUCAUGCUUUCCGGAGGUCUAAAAGUCUUAGCUCAGAAAUUCCCAGAAGGACUGAUUACGGGUUCCCUGCCAGCAUCUUGCCAGCAGACCCUUCCGCCUGCUUCUGCCCGGAAACGAUCCGGCCCGAAAGUGCCGCCCCCAGCAGCCAAGAAUAAAUGGAGAUUUACCCCAGAAGACCUAAAGAAGAUAGAAUAUUACCUGGAAGAGGACCAGGGUCCUGCAGACGGUACUAGCCGGCUGAGCCAAGGUAAUGCUUCUGGAAGAGACUCCAAGGUUCCAGGCGCCCGCAGCGGUCAGAACCUGCCUGCCGGGGGCCCUGCCGGCCACCAGAAUCCCCGCUCACUGGGCAGUGGCCACCUGCAAGGCAAACCCUGGAAGUAAAGACUUUGUCUUAGUCAAAUAAAUGUUUUCUCUCCUUUCGGAACCCCUGAGCAGUUCCCAAGUUGGUCCUUUUAAGAAGGUGCUGCAGAGGAAAGACCUCAACGUGUGUCAGGCCCCCUUUCCUCUUCCUGUCUCCAGCUCCUCUCCCACAUCCAACCCGGGAAGGAUUUUUACAAAAACCAGAGGCAUGACAGGCUCUAGUGUCCUCCCUGUUGUUUACAGAAUAUUUAAGUCUCUGAAACUGAGUAGGAAAAAAGUCUGAUUUUUUUUUUUUUAAUAAGGUCCAGUUUGUUUUGGUCUAUAUCCUGCAUUGUUUUGUAAAUACUUCAGGCAUAUCUGGUGUGUCCUUCCCAGCCAGUUCUUUUUCACUCACUCUUCUUGGUUUCAUGAAGGCUCUCUUGGUAGGCUUUGCAGCCUGAGAAGCUGUCCCUGGGGGUGCAGACGAUUCGUAGCUUUCAGCCCCCACCAGCUGUGGACCCGCUGGCUGAGGAGCUCUUUGCCCAGCACCCGAUGCAGGCUCCGUCUUCAGUUUGGAAGCCGGUACCUGUGAGCAUCACUCAGUUAAGAUUUAGCAGUAGCUCUCACAUGUGCUCAACGCUCUCCUCACUAGAUGUUUUCCUGGAACCAGCACAGGUGAUGCUGUGUGCUCAGGUGCCUUCACCGGCAAGUCCUGCCCACUGUUCAGGGCCGGGUUGAGAGCCACUGAAGCCCCCUGGAGCCAUCCCUCAUUUGCGGUUGGUUUAUUAGUUGUAAACUCCCAUUACCCAGCUCAGGCCCAUCCAUCUUAGAUGGGUAGAAAUUAUGGCCACUUGAAAACAUUGGCUUUGGUUGGGCCACUGCCGGCACACAAGGUGAGGACAACUCCACAGUCCUUUGUCAGAGCUGACAACCCUUUAAACCCUUGCUUAAAAAUACAGUAUUAGUCUAAUUGAGUAAUUAGUGCAAUUCCCUGCUUACUUCUCAUUCUCAUGACUGAGCUGUGAUUAGGAGGUUUUGAUUAUAGAUUCUUGUUUGGGCCAGAAUUUUGAAUCAGCAUUAACUGAAUUGCUAGAUGACUGACAUUCAUUCCAUUUAAUUGGGGGAACAAAAGACCUCAGGUAAGGAUGAGGAACUCUGAAAUCAUCAGGAAAAGGAAAAAGAGCCUUGUUAAUUUUUAUGGUCUGUGAUCUGUAGCUGUGAUAAGGGACUAAGGAAUAAAUUGUGCUCUUUGUCAUGGCAACCAGCUUGUGAAAACCCAGCUGAAAAUUGCCUAUCCUUAGGUGGUUAUUGCUGCUGGGUAAGAUUUGUCUUAACAGGACUAUUUUUCUCACCACCAAAAAAAAGAAAGUAUCACAGUAUUUCCAGCAUGGGGGGCUGUGUUUGUAGGAGAAAUAAAGGUAAUAAAUAUCUUAUAGAGACAUAUGGAAAAAUAACUUUCACAUUCAGCCCAGUUCUGUUUUAGUGUGUUUAUUCUUCUCUACUUGAUUUCCAAAGUGCAACAUUUUCCGAUGCUUUAGAAAUCAAACAAACCAGGGACAUUGUUCAGAUGUCAAGCCGUGCCCAAUUUUCCACAAGAUUCAAGAAUCUUGUAUAAAAUUCAGCCAACGUACACAUAGCUUUAAUGAGGAGCCUGUCAUGUUUCCCCAUAAAUUUAUUGCCUGAGAACGAAGUUCAGCCUUUUGCUAAUGCCAGAAUGCUCUGGCUUUUUAUUUUCUUUACAGCAUAGAUUUUUUAAAAUGCAAAUUUUUCCACACUCAACUUUCCCCUAGCAUGGACAAGAUUUUCAGCCAUUUUGGACACAUAUGCAUUUUUAAGAAAAAAAAAUUUUUUUCUCUGUGACGAAGUUCUGGUUAUGCCAUUUUCAAGUCGACUAGUCAGGAGUUUAGAUUUCCCCACUCGAUUCUAUUUUGAAAGUAAAUGGUAGUCCCCCUUUGUUCCUAUUCUGCAUUCCCAUCACCACACAACACUAGAGUGUUAGAAACUACUAUGUGUAUGUGCAAAGUCAGUAUAGCUGAACCUAUUAGAAUUGCAGUGCAUUUAGUUGAGAGAUCUGGCAGGUUGACUAUAUUUAUGUGUGUUUCUCCAUAGCACUUUGCCUGUUGGUAAGGAUUUUAAAUAACUACUCCUCAAAGACCUGUUCUGGUUCUGCACUUUGUGUGUUAAAUGUCACUUGCAGUUUUUACAUGCUCAAGGUAUUGCUUUGAAUGUUCUACUUUACUAGUUUCUUCGUUAGAUUAACUGACAUGUAUUAUCUAAGCGAUCUGUGAUACUUUGUGCAAUUAUGAAUGUUGAAGAUUA